AUGUAUAAUGGAAAAAUUCAGUUGCAAAAUGCAAUGAAUUGUACCAAGCUAUUAUUCAACCCAGAAAUUCCUAAGGCAAAUAGUUUCAAACUCAAUUAUAUGAAGGAUUCUUCUGAUUUGAGUUUAGAAGAAGAGUUCUUAAAUCUGAGUCAAUGCAAAAUAAUUGAGGAACUAAAAGACUGUCAAAAUGAAAUGGUUUGUGUUGUUUUAGGCAUAAUCAAACAUGUUAUUGGCGGGAAUGAUUGGUGGUAUGCUGCAUGGGUAUGCAACAAGGGGUUGUUGCAGAUUCCAAAAGGUUGUUCUACUCUAACUGUAAUAAGCAUGUACCGUGUCAAAUUUAGAGUGAUUGAUGAAAAUGACUUUGCUACUUUCGUGCUUUUUGAUCGUGAUUGUUGUUUGCUAACAAAGAAGACAUGUCCUGAUUUGUUUAAGGAAAUGCAUCAUGAACUUGAGCCAACUAGUGUGCCUAGAGUUAUUGGUGAUUUAGUUAAACAAACUAUUCCAUUUAAGAUAUAUGUAAAGAAUGAUGUGAAUUCAACAUUUGACCAUUCAUUUCGCGAUAGAAAAGCUUGUGCCGAGAAAGAUAUUGUCACUAAGUUCAAAUCUGUUGUGAAGGAGUUUUAUAAUCUCUUACAUCUUCGACGCUGA